CUCUUUCUCCCCCUCUCUCUCUCUUUCUGUUUCUCUCUCUCACUUUCCAGUUAUUACUUGUUUCUUCUUGCCCUGGUUGGUUCAUGUCAACGGCAGAUAUUGAAUUUGGCUGUGGAUUAUUCUGACACAUCGACAGCCCAGGAUUCAGUUUUAGGGGAUGUGAGAUAUUUCAUUAGCUGUUGUACUUUUGACAAGAAGAGCUGAUAAGGGUCUGUUUUCACUCUAUGAGCAGAUGUCAGUAGAGUAUGGUUUUAUGGUAUCCUUCUAAACCUCCCAGUCGUUCCACACACCACCAUGAAUGAGUCAGUAGAAUCCCCAUCAUCAUCACAACCUGUGGACCAGGAACAGUCAUUCCCCUGCCCUGCUGCCACAGCUCCUCGCAAACCAUUCCAGCUCCAGGAGAGACGGGGCUCCAAUGUGUCCCUGGUGCUGGACGUGAGCACUCUCAGCCUGGGUGCGGUGGAGCCCUUGUGCUCCAUCUCCACCCCCAGAGAGACCCUCCUCCACCUGCUGAGGACCUCAACACGCCCUCUGACCCCCUCUCAGCUGCAGGAGGCAUCUGACGAGACCAGCAGGCUGAACUCAGAGUACCAGAAGAUUCCUCCAAACUUUGUCAACCCUGCAGAGCUGGACAUUCCAGGACACGCCUUAAAAGACAGAUACAAGACCAUACUGCCAAAUCCUGAGACCCGUGUGUGUCUGAGAAACCCUGCAGCAGAGGAAGCGGGUGAUACUGGGAGAUACAUCAAUGCAAACUACAUAAAGGGUUACAACGGUGCACCCAGAGCCUACAUCGCCACCCAGGGCCCCAUGCUCAACACUGUGCAUGACUUCUGGGAGAUGGUGUGGCAGGAGGGAUCCACCACCAUUGUCAUGAUCACCAAGCUAAAGGAGAAGAACGAGAAGUGCGAGCUUUACUGGCCAGAGAAGGACGGCAGCUAUGGCAGAUUUGAGGUCAGAGUGUCCAUUGUGAAAGAAUGUGAUGGCUACACCAUUCGAGAUAUGAUUAUACAGGUGGGCUCAGAGAACAGGCAGGUAAGACACUACUGGUACUCCACAUGGCCAGACCACCAGACCCCAGACUGCACUGGGCCCCUGCUCAGACUGGUGGUGGAUGUGGAUGAACACAGGCAGUCCAUACCCAGCCCAGGACCCACCAUCGUCCACUGCAGUGCAGGGAUUGGCAGAACAGGUUGUUUCAUCGCCAGUAGCAUUGGAUGCCUACAGCUGCAACACACUAGUAAGGCUGAUGUGCUUCAGAUUGUCUGUAAGCUACGCCUGGACAGGGGUGGUAUGAUCCAGACCAGUGAGCAGUACCAGUUCCUGUACCUCACCCUGGCUCAGUACAGUAGGCAGCUGGGGAACACAGACAGUGGCUCAGAGAGCCCUGUCCCUAUCCAGACCAUUAAAACUACGGGGACAUGCGGUGACAGAGAAAGCCCAGCUAAAACUUGAUAUUUCCGCAUGGGGGAAUAAGCUCCUGGAAAUCUGCUCACACACGGUGUCCAUCUCAUCCUCUUGACCGUGACAUUGAUUGUGGCAUUUUGAUGGGCAUGUGAUGUGGUACUCACCACACCAUGCAGUUUGAAUUUUAUUCAACGUCAUUAGUAUUAAUAUUGUCCAUAUUUGCUACCAUGAUAAUAAAAACAAGUAUUAUGCAUAAUGUCCUUGGCUCUAAUUAGACCUAAUUGGAGUUCACUUGACAUGCUGAAGAAUAAAUACAUAUAGUAGAUAAAUACAUGUAUUAUUAUUUGAUGCUUUUCCAGGUUCCAGGUUGAUUUCAUCAUUGAUCAAUACAUGGUGAUAUGUAGAACAGAAAAUAAAUACACAAGAGCUACGGUAAUGUUCCUUCUCUCCAGCAGAGGGCAAGUCUCGUGAAAGCAGAGCCUCAUUUGCGCUGAGUACCCUCUUUAUCGAGCACUCCUCUCACUACGUGAUUCUGAAACCCCACUCAAUAAGGAAGAACAACCCUUAUUGGAAAAUACACACAGGGAGGAAAGAGGCAUAGUAAACAAGGCAGAUAACUGAAAAAAAACUCAAAUAAUAUAGCCAACACGUGCGCGCAAAACAGAUUAUUUACCGAGUAUUCAUUACAAGCACGCUAUUCGUUCUGUAUGUAACGUUACUGUGUUGCCACUGCACGCUAGAUAGCGCUAGCUAGGGAACUUGUAACUCACGUUAGCUUGUUGGCUAGCAAGCUCCCUUUCCCAGUAGUAGCAGUGCCAUCACAACGCUCCCAGAAUGAUCGCUUUGAUCAACAAGCUCCUUGACUGGUUUAAAGCACUAUUUUGGAAGGAGGAGAUGGAGUUGACUUUGGUGGGACUACAGUAUUCGGGAAAGACAACCUUCGUGAACGUGAUUGCGGUACGGUCAAUCAUUUAUUACUGUCCUCUGAUCUGCUGAUGUGUCCUUGUUGAACAGAUCGAGAUGUGCUCCACCAACGCAAGCGCUUGCUAGCUCAGCAUUUUGUAUCACGUUAGCUAGCUACGUCUCGAUGACAUAAUUUAAAUAUCGGCUUUAGCGAGGAAGCUAACGUGUGUCGUUGCUGACAUGUACGGGCGCUGAUGAUGACCCUAGCUCUGUUCGCUUAACGACAGCAUGCACAUGAGGCAUGCAGUAGUGCCACCACACCGUGACCUGUGGAAACGGACAAUACUCGCCUAUCAUCAUCCCCCAUCACACACGUUCUGGCCAGUUCAGUGAAGACAUGAUUCCCACAGUGGGCUUCAACAUGAGGAAAAUCACCAAGGGAAACGUCACCAUUAAGCUGUGGGAUAUCGGCGGUCAGCCUCGAUUCAGGAGUAUGUGGGAGCGAUACUGCCGAGGAGUCAGUGCCAUCGUGUACAUGGUUGAUGCAGCUGAUCCAGAGAAAAUCGAGGCCUCUAAGAAUGAACUACACAACUUGUUGGACAAGCCCCAGCUCCAGGGUAUUCCUGUUCUUGUCUUGGGGAACAAGAGAGAUCUUCCUGGGUCGCUUGAUGAGAAAGAGCUGAUUGAGAGGAUGAACCUCUCAGCCAUCCAGGACAGAGAAAUCUGCUGUUACUCUAUCUCUUGCAAGGAAAAGGACAACAUUGAUAUAACACUACAGUGGCUGAUCCAGCACUCCAGAACCAAGCGGAGCACUUCAUGAGAACCUCAUCUCACGGUCACAGCCCUGAGACCGCCCCACAGGCCUGCACAGGUCCCUUACACCCUGUCCUCUAUCCUCCCAAGCUUGUCCAUUCUCCCCCUAUUUUCUUUGGAUGGCCCUCUCUUGCCAAGACUCCUUGCCUGAUUCCACUCUCCUGAAGAGAGCCUGGAAAUGUUUUAAUUGCACUGUUCAUUUUCUUUUUUGUAAUAUAAUAAUUAUUCUAGUGACGUAUGACCUCUGAUGGAUAAAGUGGUACUUAGCUGCGCUGAAAAAUGAAAAAAAUUAUAAUUGUGUUCAUAUUUCAUACUUCAUCAUCUCUGUUGAUGUUGAGGUUCAUAUUCAACUGAUCCGGAGACAGGGCGGAGUACUGCACAUAACCUCUGAUCCCAAUAGGUAGAAAAGACUAUGGACUCUGAACACUGCAUCAAUUAACAGCCCCAAAGUCAAGUUUAGAACGCUGAUAUCAAAUCUCAAACAAUAUAAGACUCAGGCCAUAGUCUCAUCACUUCCCAAUGUCGGUGCUCAACUGAAAUGGUACUGUACAUGUAUGUACCUUUUUUGAAGGGGGAGCAUUACACCAUUUGAUUUAAAUACUUGGAGUGUGUACAAGUAUCUCCGCCUCUCGUUUUUUAAAGGCUAAUGGUAGGUGUUGUUAAAGAGUACCCUUGACGUAAUCUCUAUUGUCAAUAUAUAUCUAUAUAUACAUUUGCGUGAUCUGUCGUCGUCUCUGUCCGUCACCCAGACACCCUUCUGUUACUUUAGAAACAGCAGACAGGGUUUCUUUAAACUAAGCAACCUGGCCUUUUUACAUUUUCAUAGGCCAUGUCUAUGGUCAAGCAUUAUCUGCAACACAUGGUUUAUAAACAAAAUAUAUAUUUAUUGAUUUUUGCAUAUUCUUUCCCCUUUCUUACCAUUAAUUUAUGUAAUCGCUCAUUUCCAACCAGUAAUGUACAGAUACUACUUGGCCAGUUUUUGUCUCAUCACGAGUCAUGAAUAACCCCAUUAUAAAAUGUCAAAUCUGUUAUUCGGUGACUGUUGAUAAAGAAGUCCACUCGAUAAAUUGAGAUUGUACAGGUGCCACUAACGGUGAAGGCUUCUAUCUAAUUUUGUAUAAACUAAACUUACAUGUCUAUGAAUUAUUCUGCUUCCUACAUUGCCAAAAUUACCUAAGUCAUUUUUGAUUAUUGACAAUCCGCAGCAAAAUAUCUUUAUUUGUUUGCAUGCUUGGGCAUAAGUAUUUGUGGGACCUUUGAGAAUGAACUAAAAAAUGUUAUUUUUUAUGGCAAAUAAUAGUAAAUACUGUAUCUGGUUUAA